CAGGAUGGAAUGCGCACUUUUGGAUAUCUUUCAUUCCAUUUACUCUUAUGGUCAUUAUCAGCAUCAAAUUGGAGAGAAUGAUAAUGCAACUCGCAAAAGAAGUUGCCAAAAAGCAUAAACACGACAAAGACAAGUCUAGCGAAAAUAGUGCAAAGGACUUGGUUUAUUAAUUUUCAGAAGACGAUUUCUGGUUCGCUGGGCUAAAAAUGGUCGGCAGGCUGCUUCACAUCGUGCUGUUUGUGAACUCUUUGGAGCUUGCUUUCUUCUUCUUUAUAAUGUUCCAGUAUGGUUUUCACUCCUGCAUUGUGGGAAAGGUUGGUUUUGUUGUCCCCCGAAUAGUAAUGGGAGUGAUCGUCCAGAUUGUGUGCAGCUCCAGAAUAUUACCACUGCACGCGAUUAUACAAUCACAGAUGCAUUUGGAGAAGAAGCAAUCGGACAAGCAGAAGAAAAUACGUAAGAUUAGGAGGCAUUUGGAGAAGUACGCAUCGGAUGAAGAGGAAGAAAAAGAGAUCGUGACCUCGAUUUUGGUGAUGAUUGAUAAUAGAAAGGAGCCGGACUCACCGGAGGAGUCCACAAAUAUUGAACUGGCCCGGACGGAUUCAAGUGAAGGAUCUGUCUGGAGUAAGGUCUUAGACUUGCAGAAGAAAGUAUCUCGAGGUUUCAUCGCUUUGAUGAAACAAAUUGUUUCAAAAUUUCGCAAAAAUUAAGCCUGGUUUUUCUCUAAAAACUCAGAAGGUUCCGCCAGAAAGAGUUUGGGAUUGAAUCGUUUGGUCCUAGGAAGUUCCGGAGUUGAGAUAACGGAAGCCAGUGAAGUGACUACAAUAGAAGACAUUGAAGCACAACCAAGCCUGCACCAACAAUCCAGAUAAUGAGUUCAUGAAUUGAUUUA